CAACACAAGCAUCAAUCAGCCUUCAUCUCAGUUCAUUCACAACCAUCAACCGCCAUCUCAGUUCAUUCACAACCACAGGCACUCAUACACUCUACACUCUACACUCGACAACUAGCUACUCUACUACUCUUCAGUCAUCACCUACUUCAGAGUUUCAGACAACCAGCACACAGAGUGACAGAGAGAUCAUGGCGGGUGCGGCUAAGGCGUCUUGGACGGUGGCGAUGAGCGUGGGCGUGGUGGAGGCCCUCAAGGACCAGGUCGGCCUCUGCCGCUGGAACUACGCCCUCAGAUCCAUCCACCGGGCAGCCAAGGCUAGGUCCAACGUCCGCGGCGGCGUCUCACAGGGCGCCAAGCAGCUUCCGACCUCUGCUGCGGCGGUGGCCGAGAGGCGGCGAGCGGAGAAGGCCGAGGAAGGGCUGAGAACGGUGAUGUACCUCAGCUGCUGGGGUCCCAAUUAGAAUCUGCCUACUUGGUAGUACUAGCUAGGCGUCUCUGAGUUUGCUGAAACAACCAUGGCCUGAAACCUGUCUGGCUUCCCGUAGAAUCCCCCAUUGUAAAAUACCACCUCUAUGAUGAUGAUGAUGAAAAAUGAUGUUACUUGAGCCCA